AUGCCCGUUCUGAGCCCGCAUCGUAGCUCGGCCUCAGGGCUCAGCGGUUCCUACAGAUCAGCCUUCAAUUCGUCAGCCCUGGAUAGGCCUUUCUUCGGGUCAUCCUACCAUCCUAGGACUUCCAGUUACAGUGAGAGGUACAUUUCACGAUCCUAUACUGACUCCACCGGACGUAGAAUAUAUUCAAGGUCCGGUUCCGUCACCGAGGACGGCAUCACCACAUCCAGAUUCAGGGAGGAUUCGAGAGAGCCGAGCCUGUCGAGAGACUCUUCCAUCAUCGGCUCGAUCCGAGAGAAUUCCGUGUCGGAUUACUCUUCCGCGCGCCGAGAGAGCUCGCUGACGAGAGGCGAUCAUCGCACCAAGGUGGUCGAUGUGAUCGAUUCGGUGGCCGAAUUGAGGAACAAAUAUUCGCCUGCCAAUUACGUGCCGGCUUGUUUGAGGAGGAACGAGAACGUGACCAGGUCCAAGUCCAUCAAUGAUAUUGGUUUGCCACCAAUCGAGUCGAAGACCACGAAGAAAAAGGUAACCGACCGAGUGGAGAGUGUGUACGCUAACAACAGUGUGUCGCAUCCUAACAAUACUAACACCGACUCAAACUCCAACGACGAGGACUACAAUGGAAAUCGAGAGUCGGUCGCGAAUUUGUGCAAAAAGUUCGACGAACGCCUGUCGAAAUCACCCGAAAAUAAUAAGAUUAUCAUCGACGUCAAAUUCAAGGCGUCAGAAUCGCCUGUCGGCGUCAAAGUAUCCAACGGAAAAGCCGUUAAAAAAUCGAGUAACACCGUUUCUACUAGUAAACACAAGUCAAAUUCAAAAUUGGAAGUGAACGGAGAAGGAAAUCAUGCAAAUGGGACAGAAAUCGAUAGGGAAGAGUUGAGUUCAGGAGCGGCCCCCUCCCGGAGCAAUUCCAGAGUGAACGAUUUCGCCUCUUACAUUUCGACGAGGGAUCUCCAAAAGGGGGAUGAAAAUAACUCGGAAUCGCAGGAUAAUAAUUCUAAAAAUGAUAUGGAUAAUAAGGAUAGUUACGUCGGAAAAAGUACACAGCUGAACGACGUAUCGACUUCCCCGAAACGCAACCGAUCCGUCGUAUCGCCAUCGGGCUCCUCUCUCACCAAUAAUUCCAUUUCGAGCUCAUUUCAGCAGCGCCGUUCCAGCGACAGAGACAGAGAUGGGUAUAAUAGGGCUUCGGGGGGCAGGGAGUAUUCGGACGAUGACAGCGGCGGCGAACGGAACAACUAUACUUACAACGCCACCGUCAGAUCGUCUCCCGUGAAGGUGUUAGGCCUGAACGGUUUGAAAAACAUCGGGAACACGUGCUUUAUGAACAGCGUCAUCCAAUGCCUGUCGCACACCAGAUGGCUGUUGGAGUAUCUGAGGAAGGACGCCUACAUCAGAGAUAUCAACACGACCAUAUCGAGCAUGAAGGGAGCCUUAAUCAAAGCGUUUGCGGCGGUGAUCCAAGAACUGUGGUCGGAAGAUUCCUCUGAUAGAGUCGUCAACACGGUGUCCCUCAAAAGUCAAAUCCAGAGGUUCGCGCCACGUUUUAUCGGUUAUGCGCAGCAGGAUGCGCAGGAAUUCUUGCGCUACCUGCUGGAAGGGCUGCACGAGGACGUGAAUCGGGUGGUGGAGAAGCCGAAACCGAUACUGACAGAGAUCGACGAAAAAUUGAGCGAUAACGAGAAAGCCCUAGAGUCGUGGUCUCGAUACCUGCGCAUGGACAAUUCGAAGAUCGUCGACCAUUUCGUGGGACAAUUGAAAUCGACUUUGCGCUGCACGUUGUGCGGCCAUUGUUCGGUCACUUUCGAUCCCUUUUGGGAUCUAUCGUUGCCCAUACCGCAACGGACGGGGCCCUUGAGGUUGGCGCAGUGUUUGGAUUCGUUCACCAGAGAGGAGACAUUGGACGGGGAAGAGAAACCGACCUGCUCCAAAUGCAAAGAGAGACGGAAAUGUACGAAGUCAUUAUCGAUACACAAAUUUCCCAAAGUUCUAGUCAUCCACCUGAAGCGGUUCUCGCCGACGGAGCGUUUCCGCGGCAAACUGAAUGUCACCGUCGACUUCCCGUUGGACGGGCUGGACAUGAGCUCCUAUGCCGCCGACGGGCAUGCGCCGUGCCGCUACAACUUGUACGCCAUCAGCAAUCACAGCGGCACCACGUACAGCGGCCACUAUACGGCCUACUGCCGGCAUCCCUAUUCGAACAACUGGCACGAGUAUAACGAUAGUCGUGUGUCGUCGAUAUCACCAAAAUCUCUGGUGAGUGGAGAAGCGUACGUCCUGUUUUAUCAGCAAGAAGGCUCUAAAUCCCAUUUGUGA